AUGGGAGGUUUAUAUGGGUUUCCAGUGAGCGCUUCGGGUGGAUAUAUGAAAAUUGGAUACAGAGGAAUUAAGUGGACAAACCCUUCCAAUGGACUCAAUUCCAAGGUAAAAACCAAGUACACACCAGAAAGUGAGAACAAUGUUCCAUUGUUUGGCUUAAAGUUGAUAAAGAAUUUUGUCAGAACCCAUCUUCCUCAAAUCGACAAAAUUGAAGCUACAAGAUUAUGCUGGUAUUCAGACACAGAAGACAACGAUUUUCUCAUUUCGUACUGCCCAUACUACGAAGACAAGUCGUUAUUUGUGGGCGCUGGAGAUUCAGGACAUGCUUUCAUGAUGUUUGGAGUGUUGGGCGACCAUAUCAAAGACAUCAUUUAUGGAGAAGAAAAUCCAUUUUUGACAGACUUGUUUUCGUGGUCCAGAAAAAGAGAGCCUCUAAACCGGAUCAAUUGGGGCUUGGAGGAUCCCAGAGCUUUACAAAAUGUCAAGAUGGCUACUCCAAGAGACUGGUAUAUCGGUCCUGAAGAAGAGUUAAGUAAACUAUAA